UCAUCAGACACAACCCAGUUAGUUUACAUGCGUUUGCUCUCUUGAUCUCUUUUACUUUUAUCCAAAAACACAUGCAAUAGAGAUACAAAAAAAAGCACCUCGUGAUUAUCGUUUCCUUGUUCGUCUUCGUCCACACAAAUGCUUAACUACUCAAAGCUUAUACUAGUGUAACGCUUCUUAAUCAGUCAAUCAGGUUUGUACUUUUAUACACCAGAAAAAGGAAAAAAAAAUAAACCAACCUUUAUUUCUGGGUUUCUUCUUAAAUCUUCUUUUGUCUUUUUCUGCAGUUAGAAUUUUGUAGGCGUUCCCAUUCUCUUCUAAUCCUCUUCUUCUUUUUUACUUUAUAUAAAAUUAUAAUCUCAUCAGAGAUUUACCAAAGAAGAAGAAGAAGAAGAAGAAACAAGAAAGAGAGAGAGAGAGAAAAGAAUAUAAAAAAAAAAAGAGAAAGAAAGAAACUUGAUGGCUCCGAUGACGAACUGGUUAACGUUUUCUCUGUCACCAAUGGAGAUGUUGAGGUCAUCUGAUCAGUCUCAGUUCGUCUCCUAUGACGCUUCUUCCGCCGCUUCCUCUUCUCCUUAUCUCCUCGAUAAUUUCUAUGGUUGGACGAAUCAAAAACCACAGGAGUUUUUUAAAGAAGAAGCUCAGCUAGCAGCAGCUUCAAUGGCCGAUUCAACAAUCUUGACAACGUUCGUAGACCCGCAGUCUCAUCAUUCUCAGAGUCACAUCCCUAAGCUCGAAGAUUUUCUCGGUGACUCUUCGUCCAUCGUUCGUUACUCGGACAACAGUCAAACCGAAACACAAGACUCUUCUCUUACCCAAAUCUACGAUCCACGUCACCACCACCACCCAAACCAUAACCAAAACCACCACAACCAAACCGGGUUCUACUCCGAUCACCACGACUUCAAAACCAUGGCCGGUUUUCAAACCGCUUUCUCAACGAACUCCGGUUCAGAGGUCGAUGACUCUGCUUCAAUCGGAAGGACUCAUCUUGCUGGAGAGUAUUUGGGUCACGUCGUUGAAUCUUCCGGACCGGAGCUAGGGUUUCACGGUGGAUCUAACACUGCCAAUGGUGGAGCUUUGUCACUCGGUGUCAAUGUUAACAGUAGUAAUCACCGUAAUGAGAAUGAUAGUAAUCAGGUUACUACUAAUCAUCAUUACCGAGGUGUCAACAAUGGUGACAGAAACAGCAACAACAACGAGAGCGAGAAGACAGAUUCUGAGAAGGAGAAGCCUAUCGUGGCUGUUGAAACAUCGGAUUGUUCUAACAAGAAGAUUGCUGAUACGUUCGGACAAAGGACUUCCAUUUACAGAGGUGUUACUCGACAUAGAUGGACGGGAAGAUACGAAGCACAUCUAUGGGAUAAUAGCUGUAGGAGAGAAGGUCAGGCCAGGAAAGGACGACAAGUAUACUUGGGUGGAUAUGACAAAGAAGAUAAGGCAGCUCGAGCUUACGAUUUAGCGGCUCUUAAAUACUGGAAUGCUACUGCCACCACCAAUUUCCCUAUUACGAAUUACUCGAAAGAAUUGGAGGAAAUGAAGCACAUGACCAAGCAAGAGUUCAUUGCCUCCCUCAGGAGGAAGAGUAGCGGUUUCUCUAGAGGAGCUUCGAUAUACCGAGGUGUGACAAGGCAUCAUCAACAAGGACGUUGGCAAGCAAGGAUCGGCCGUGUUGCCGGGAACAAAGAUCUUUACCUUGGUACCUUUGCGACGGAAGAGGAAGCUGCUGAGGCUUACGACAUAGCAGCAAUCAAAUUCAGAGGAAUAAACGCUGUAACUAACUUUGAGAUGAACCGUUACGACGUUGAAGCCAUCAUGAAGAGUGCACUUCCCAUUGGUGGUGCAGCUAAACGCCUUAAGCUCUCUUUAGAAGCUGCUUCAUCAGAGCAGAAACCAAUCCUUGGUCAUCAACUUCACCAUUUUCAGCAGCAACAACAACAGCAGCAACAGCAACAGCUUCAGCUUCAGUCAUCUCCUAAUCAUAGUAGCAUUAACUUCGCUCUUUGUCCUAACUCAGCGGUUCAGUCUCAACAGAUCAUUCCAUGUGGAAUCCCUUUUGAAGCAGCUGCCCUUUACCAUCACCAACAACAGCAGCAACAGCAGCAGCAUCAACAACAGAACUUUUUCCAGCAUUUUCCUGCGAAUGCAGCUUCUGACUCAACCGGCUCUAAUAACAACUCGAACGUUCAGGGAUCAAUGGGACUUAUGGCGCCAAAUCCGGCUGAGUUCUUCCUUUGGCCUAAUCCGUCUUACUAAAACCAACUUCUUAAUCAGUCAAGAUUGUCCUAAUCAGUGCAAGUUUUUAAUCGUUUUUUAAGGGAUACAACUUCUUCAACUUCUUGAUUCUGGCUAACCCAUAAGCUGACUAGAAGAAUCUAAAAAUCUCACUUAUGUUUUUGUUUUGAUUAACCGUUGUUGUUUAGGCAGGAGUAGAUGGGGGUGAAAUGUGGAAGCAUCUAAGAAAGGUUGAGAAAAUGGUAGUUUUUGGGAAUUAGGGAGUGGUGGUGGUUUCUUUUAUAUUUUGUAUGUACAAGGCUUAUCAGCUUAUCCCUAGCGUACUCUGUUUUCCAUUUAUGAAAAAAACCAUCUUUCAGAAA